AUGUCGGAUCAAAGAGCCAACAUUACUUUCUUCAAUUUCUCAGUUCUGCCCCAGCCAUGGAUCAUCACCAUCCCAGAGAGUCAGAGAAUAGCAUUUAUAGUGUGUUACGCUUUGAUUCUGGUCUUGUCUGUGCUAGGUAAUACUUCCAUUAUUGCUAUUGUUGCCAGAAAUCCAUCGAUGCGAAGUACCAUCAACUAUCUGAUCGCCAACAUGGCUGCAACAGACUUGGCAGCAUCAGUAGUCGUUACUGGAUGGCGCUUAUUCGUUAUGCACAAUCUUUCCCAAGAGUAUGAAGUGUUGGGAGUACUAGGGAACAUGUUCUGUAAGCUAAGACCUUUUAUUCGCGAUGUUUCGCUAGCGGUCUCAAUUUUCAGCAUGGUAGCCAUCGCAUUUGAUCGGUUUUUUGCUGUUGUUUUCCCAAUGAGACGAACACCUCGACUUCUACACCUCCGUGUCCUCUUACCAAUCAUUUGGUGCCUAUCACUUGGAACAUUUACUGUGUAUAUGGUUACCUAUAGAUUGACAUCGCCUGUCCAUGGGGUUGAUAUCUGUAUUCACAAAUGGCCGACUAGAGAUCCAAUAAAAUCCAACACCAUCUUUUACCUUAGCACAAUUUUCACUGUAUUUUGGUUGGUACCGCUAACAACCAUUGCCAUCUUGUACACCAUUAUUGCCUUAAAAAUGAGACACCAGACAAUUCCAGGACAACAGUCAUCAGAUGCUGAACAAGCGAGACGAAAACAAAACAAAAGCAUCGCAAAAAUGGCCUUUGCAAUCGUGAUUUUCUUCUUCUUGUGCUGGUUUCCGUUUCACACUAUUUCUAUCUUGAAGCUUGUCGUUUGGAAAGGAAGCAUCCCCAACGGUGUCGAUCCUCAUCUGUUUGCCAUUUUUUAUGACACCAUGACCAUGAUAUCUUACGUCAGUUUCGUAGUCAACCCAUAUGUUUGCCUUACGUUCAGUUCUAAAUUUAGAAAAUGCUUCAGGAAUCUCUUCCCGUUUGCUCUAUGCUUCGCUACAAGAAUCUCCUGUCCUGUUCAGGGAACUGGACAUCGAGCGAUUGUUAGUUCAGUUUAA